UCCCAGUGGCUCUGUUUCCUUUUCCGGCGCUCGUUUUGGUCAAGGCACUGGUCCCAUUCUUAUGGAUAACGUCGCCUGCUCCGGAAGUGAAACUUCUAUCCAAGAUUGCGGACACAGAGGUUGGGGGACACACAAUUGUGGUCACUCUGAGGAUGCUGGUGUCAGAUGUGUCAUUGCAGGGCCUGUUAUAAGAUUGGUGGGUGGUUCUCGUUCUGGCGAGGGAAGAGUUGAGGUGUUCUACAACGGUGAAUGGGGCACUGUCUGUGAUGACAGCUGGGAUAACAACGAUGCUCGUGUGGCCUGCAGAAUGCUUGGUUACAGCGACCGUAGCGCAACUGCAGUCGGUAGUGCUAAGUUUGGUCGAGGUUCUGGAUCCAUUCAUAUGGACGAAUUGGCUUGUACUGGCAGAGAGAGAUCCCUGAAAGACUGUCCCCACGGCGGAUGGGGAUCACACGACUGUACACAUUCGGAAGAUGCUGGAGUCAGGUGUUCGCCAUAAGAACAGAUCCUCAAAAGCAUAAUAAGGGUCCACCUGGACAAAAUAGCUACAUAUUUUUUUCCUAUUGCACUGACUGGAA